AUGAAUUCCACCGUACAAAUUCUAAAGCUUUCACCAGUAAAGCAAAGCCCGUCGCAAGGUAAGCAACCGAAAAGAUUGAAGCUCGAUAAUUUUAUCAGGAACUUGAGUUAAGGAGGUGUAAGAUUUAAAUGUAAGUUUAUUUAGCUUACUAGGGAAUUUCGAUUACGUGUGCUUAGAGAUAUGCUUUUUUAUUACUGUGUGACGAAACCGGCUGUAAUAAGUUUAGUUUGGUUCAGUGCUUUUUAAAUAAGUUUUAUCAGAAGGAUAUAUUCUUCUGUUUUUAUGAAUUCUCCAUUUUAUACUAAUGGGACUCUGAAGUGGAAAGUUCCUAAUUCCUAACACCAAGCCGACUAUUCUAUUACUGCAAACUGUAGUUUUUUGUUAUAUAUAAGUUAUGUUUUUUUUUUUUGUCAUAAAGCGAGCGAAACUAUUAGAACUACUGAGGCCACUUAUUUACCUCUCUUUACUGCGCUUUUCACAAACAUGCGAAUUCUGAAGUUCAAAAGCCAACUGACGAUUGCAUUUUUCGCUGCCGUCAAUCAUCUUAACAGACCUCUUAGGAAACAAAACUUUACUUUAACAGGUUCAGAAGGUCUUGGUUUGUGAUUUGUGAUUGGUGGAUUUCGAUCCGUUUUGUGUGUUUCUGUGUUUCAAGGUUCGUUGCUUGUUAUCAUAAUUAUGAUUGACGGCAGUAAAAAACGCAACUGUGAAGGCGGCUUUUGAACUUUAGAGUUCGCAUGUUUGUGAAAAGUGCAGUAAGUGACAAAAGCUGCCUAUUUUAUACUUUAUUAAGACUGUUAUGCUUUGAUCAUUCUUUAAAGCAUUCCAACAAGUGGUCAGUUAUUCUGCCAGGGUGACCAACAUCAUUUUUCUCUCAAUAUUAUCAAUACAUAAUUCAAAGAAAAGGCUGGGAGAAUUACAAUGUAAUGAAAUCAUCACCAACAGGAAAAAUGUUUUGAUCUUUUACCAAAUUCUCUCAACUAAUUCUUUAAGGAAAUUUAUGGAGAUCAGUGUGGAGAAUUGUAUUUGGAUAUUGGGACUUAGAAUUCAAGCCUUCUCUUCUCCUUUUUUCAUAAUUUAGUGUUUCAUUGAACACCAUUUUAUUUCUUGUUUGACUUUAUUUCUUAAUAUAUUAUUAGACAAUGACUCAGCACGGCAAAGCAUUCUGAAUGUUGCUGUCACGUCCCUAAAAGGAGGAAAUGUAAUAGCCCUCCCUACCGAUACCAUAUAUGGUGUUGCAACACUUGCGCAGUCCACUAAAGCUGUUAACAAACUGUAUGAAAUAAAGAAGCGACAUGAAGAGAAGCCUGUUGCUAUCUGUGUUGGAAGACUGGAAGAUGUUCACAAGUAAGUUAAGAAUUCAAUGUAAACAAGGGUACCUAAACCUGGAUUAACAAAAUUAAUAUAACGUAACAAAGUAAAAUAAUAGAAACUUUAUUCAGGGGUUCAAAAAAUUCAUGCCUUUAUUGCAAUCUCAAUCUUCUUGUCAGUGUUAUAAAUUAGCUGAUGAGAUAAAUACGGUUGCUAGAGUAAAUUAAGCUGGGAUAACAGGCUAACUUGAUUUGUUUACCAUUUGAGUUAGCUUGGUAGCCCCAGGUACAAAAAUAUUCUUACGGCCCAGUUCAAACUUCAAAACUGUCUAUGUACUGAACCUAAUUCCUUCUGUUACGUACAUAAAAAGACUGACGUUUGUACAGGGUGCAAAGAAAAAUCAGUUUUACAGCUUGAUGGUAAGCUGCAGGUAGCAUGUACUAGCCCCAAAGCUAUUUUACCUAGCCUGAAAUAUUUUUUUUAUGUGCAGGAGUGAUAACAGUUCUUCUGCAAUUUGAAUUUCCCUGGAAACUUCACUUGCCCAUUGGGUAAGUUAACAACAGAAUUCACUUGCCUGGCAGUAAAAUCCACUAGCCGCGGGCUAUUGGACAAUUCUUUCUUUGCACUCUGUUGUAUCAGUAAGGCCAACAUAUCUUAUCUGAGUUUGAGUGGCCAACAUCGGAAUUUUGACUGUGGUGCAACUUCAUUUCAAAGCAUGAACUUGUGCCAAAUCUAAUGCAUAAAUUAAUCAAAUUUAUUUUGACUGGUAAGGAUAGUAGAGUGUGAUAAUUAAUUGGGUCUGACUAAACUGAAUUAACUUUUGAACUUUAUCAUUAGGACAACCCGUGCAAACAGGAAUUAGUUCUGUGCGAAAAAAGUUUGAAGUUUGAAAGGGGCCUUACACAAAAUAAAUGAUCAAGUUUUUGUAAAAAUGAUUGAAAUUACCAGUACUAUUUUAAUUUAUUGCUCUUCUGAAGCCUCCAUGGCAUCUACAAGGUAAAGGUUGUAAAGGUUUAAUUGACAUGUUCAGGACUCAAGAUUAUUUUUAUUUGUAAUUUCUUGCUCACACAUUUGUGACAUGACAAUAUCGGUGUAAUCCCAAAAUAACAAAGAACCAGGGGACUGGCAAAAUAUGUUCUCUAUAUAACAAGGUUUCGUUUUGUCAAGUUUUUCUCUAUAAUAAUAAUUAAUUAAAAAUGCCUAUACUGUGGUGAAGAAUAUCGUUUGUGAUAUUAAGGUCUUUGUUUUGUUCAUUUAAUCGAACGUACACUGUAUAUUACAUCCUGUUUAUUCACUUCUGAGGUUAUAAUUUACCACUUUUGUUAAGAUAUUUACACACAGAAGUUGACCCUUUUGCUCCCGAUAGUGGCCGAAAGCAAGUACCAUGUGAAAUUGUUGCCAAAAAGGGUUUCAUUUCAGUGGUCAUGUAUAAAAUUUUGACCAUCCACGGACUCAAAAGUUAUGUUCAGACUCCGAUCCACCAGACACCAUUCUUCACUAUUGCAGUGAAAAGGUUAAUGUUAAUUGUUUUUAAAUUUUUCAGAUUCAUCCUUAGAUGCUGACCACGUGCAUGUAACUAGUCUAAACAACAUACAGACUUUAAGGUGUAAUUGUGUUGUCUCUCACUAAUGUUUUCAGGUGGGGAAAAGUAACCAUUAGUCCUGAGGCUCUUCAAGAUUUACUUCCUGGCCCUGUGACUCUUGUGUUUGAAAGAACAGAUCAAUUGAAUCCAGGAUUAAACCCCACCACACGUCUUGUUGGAAUUAGAAUUCCAGAUCAUGAUUUUGUACGGCAGCUGUGCUUAGCUUGCGAUGAACCACUUGCUCUGACAAGUGCAAAUGUCAGCACAGUAGGACAAAGCAGUUUAAAAAUUGAGGUUAGUUGACUAACAUUUUCUAUUACUUUAAUAACAAGGGAAGAAUAUUAGGAGAGGUAAAAUGGGUUUUAGGUUGCUGUAAAUAAACCUUAUGCUUGAAUUUGAUAAAAUGUAACAAUAUUUUAUAAUUGACUACUACAAACAACAGUAAAACUUUAUAUGGAAAAAGCACAUGGGUUUCUCAAUUCUGUGAUUCCAACAGAGAGAGAUGGGCUUGCAUGGUGUGCAGACAACUUUCUUAACAGCUAAAAAGAGAGUUUUGCAAGCAGAUUAAUAACCUAUAAUAGCCUGAUCUUAUUUUAGUAUAAUUUGUGUGGUUACUAUUAAAUAGUAACCACACAAAUUAUACUAAAAUAAGAUCAGGCUAUUAUAGGUUAUUAAUCUGCUUGCAAAACUCUCUUUUUAGCUGUUAAGAAAGUUGUCUGCACACCAUGCAAGCCCAUCUCAAUAAAUUUUAUUGUUGAUUCUAUGUAAGACAAAUAAUUAUCUCUCCAAGAUGGAUAUAUAGUGCUGGUCCUAAAGGUGUCCACAGUAGAGAGAGCUUACUAUAAAACUAGAUGAUAAUUUGAAAAUUACCUUCCAGGAGUUCAAAGAUAUUUGGUCCAACCUGGAUCUAAUCCUUGAUGGUGGCGUGAUAGGUCUGACUGAACAAUGUCGCAAAGGCUCAACUGUGGUUAAUUUAUCAGUUCCUGGCAAAUUUACAAUAAUCAGAGAAGGAAGGUACUAAGCUGAACAUUGUAAUAAUAUUGUGUGAUGUUUACUUAUGUACUUCAUUAUCAUACAGCUGUACAUGGCUUUGCAUGAUACAUACAAUUUACAGUUUAAUACAGUCUUCUGAAUAACAUUUUCACAACAUAAUCUUUCUAUAAAAUUUAAAAAUAAUGAUGUCAAAUAUUAUGACCAAAUUCAAAGUUUUGUGAUGGUCAACUUUACUAUCUCUCUCUGAACUUAAAAACCUCCUUUAAUAGGCCAUUUCUGAGUUUCCCUGGGCCUCUGUAUCAAAAUGAGGUUAAGUGCUCAGCCUUUGAUAUGAAAGUGAUUUUUCAUUGUCAUGCAAAUAAGACUCAUUUGCUCAAGAAAGGUUUCGUACUUGGCCUCGUUUUGAAAGUGAGGGUUUUCGGAACUCAGAAGUGGCCUAUUCUGUGGACAAUAAUGAAUUAUUUAACAAUUAAUGAAUGAGGCUGAGUAUCUUAUGAAGAAUUAUGGAGAUCGAGGAGGGUGUUAUCCAUCGAGGUCAUAGGCCGAGGCGGAUAACACCCUCCAAGAUCUCCAUAAUUCUUCAUAUGAUACGAAAGCCGAAUUCAAUAAUUGUUUUAUAAUUCGUUCAAAAUAAUUCCUAGUUUAAAAAAAAGGCUAAAACAUGCUUACCUCCAUCGAUCCAUCGAUGUUAAGUUCAUCUUCGAUAGUGCACGUUUAGGGUUGUUCAGCUCCGCAAAAUUUAAUAUUCUCCAAAUAGCAGAUGUCACCCUUCGAGUUGUCUUCUUGCAGCCUGUUGUUGCCAUGUUUUUAGCUAUUAUUUUGCCUAGUUCUUACUCUAGAAAUGAGUGAAAUGUCCUCCGUUUUUGUUUCCACAACCAAAACAACUCAACCUCAUCCCCAGGUCUUCUCGUUUAACAGUGCAUUAGCCUGCAAAAACGCUGCAUUUUUGACGUCAUUUCCUCGCUAAACACAAAAUUCUUCCAAAUUUGGUCAUCAGCAACUGGUUAUGGUGAAUUAUGUGUGUGCUUUUAGCCAAUCAGAAUCGGGCAAAUAUUUUGAGUGAAUAAUAAUAAUGAUUAUUCUAAAUACAGUGGGACCCAGUUAACUCAUUCGCUCCUAAAGAUUUUGCCGAAAAAUGCCUUUUGAAGCUUGUCAAGUGGUUUUCUGGUCACCGUCGUGCUGUUGAGAGCUAAAACUUACCACAAAUCCAUUUGCAGGUCAUACACUUCGCGGCCUUCUGAUCCAGUUGCAAAAUAUCAGCUUGUGAGGUUCGGGCAUGCGCAGAAAGCAAAAUUGCGAGAUAGUUUUUGGGUUUAAAAGUGACACAGCAGUCUUGACUUUUACUUUUCGCUUUCUCUCCUCCCCUCUUUUUUCGCUUUUCUUGCCUCAUUUUUUUUCUUUUGCUGGGCAUUUAGUAGGCUUUAUUUUGGUGGGAAAAGUUUUUAGGAAAGCUUUUAGGAUCUUAGGAUUAGGUGAAAGAAAAGGUAGGUGGGUAGUGGAACAAGAUUUUCAUGGCAAUUUUCAGGUCAGUGUUACAUGGUUUUUUGCUUCUUUCUCCGGUGUCCUUGACUGAAUUGUGCUCAAUCUGGUAUGGUUUGAAAGAUCUCUUCACUCAGCACACGUUAGCGUACAAAGUUGUCCUUGACCAUUAAAACUGAUGAUGUCACAAGCAGUGGUAGAGAGUACAUGGACACAGGCAGCUCAGGGGCGAAUGGGUUAAUACAGACACCAAUGUAACGUGCCAUGGUGUCCUUAUUUAGGCCUGGGUCUUGGAAAAGAAGGCUACAGACACAUUUUUUAUUGAUACAAGACUAAAGAAAGCAAAAAGCCUUGAAACCUUGCAUAGUAGGAGGAAGAAAACUAUAUUGAAGGGCUGCUGUAUAAGGGCAGCUCCUGACAAGGGCCAAACUUGAGAAGAAAGAUCGAACACAUCUCACUAUUGAAAAUAUGUUGCUGUUGUAUAAGCCAUAGAAUAUUGUAUUAAACCAUAGAAAUUAUGGAUAAGAUAUUGGUUUACAUCCAGUUCAAUAAUUGUGUUUUGCCUGUUUUCCAGUGCCUACAACCAGAUUGUUAAUGUUCUCAGUGAAAAGUAUGGACUUGAGGAUUGCAGUAGUUGA